AUGAAGACCUUCUACGCCUCAUUCAUUGCCGCAGCCGCUGGCAGAGCCUCGGCCCAUGCCUUGUUCCAGCAGCUUUGGGUCAACGGCGUCGACUUGGCCGACCAGUGCGUCCGCCUGCCCGACUAUUUCGGCCCUAUUUACGACAUCGAAAGUAACGACAUUAUCUGCAAUCAGUGGCUUGGUGAGGGUAAGGGAAAAUGCCCUGUCACCGCUGGUGACACCGUCACGGUUGAGAUGCAUCGCUUGCCCAACGCCCGCCAGUGCAAUGAUAUUGUCAUCGCCGAUAACCACCUCGGCCCCGUCAAUGUCUACCUAGCCAAGGUCAAUGAUUCGGCCACCAUCCGUCCACAAGACGUCCCUGGUUGGUUUAAGAUCUUCGAGGACACCUGGAAUCCCAAUGGUCCAACCGGCUAUGACGACCACUGGGGUACGAAGGACAUCCAAAAGUGCUGCGGUAAGCUGGACGUCAAGAUCCCCAAGGAUAUUGCCCCCGGCGAUUACUUGCUUCGCGCCGAGUUGAUUGCCUACCAUCUUUCGGGCUCUCAGGGCACCGAACACUAUAUGAGCUGCUUCCAGCUUACCGUCGCGGGCAACGGCACCGCCAAGCCUAGCCUCGUUAAGUUCCCCGGUGCCUACCAGCCUGGUGGCCCUGGUCUCUCCGUUAAGUACGUUCCCUUUGUCAUUCAUUGUGCCUGUAUCCCUCCAGCUAAGAACCUGCGCAGCCUCCAAGAAACCGUGACCGCCUUCACACCCCCUGGUCCGACCGUCUACGCCGGUGGCACUACCAAGGAGGCCGGUUCGCCCUGCUCUAACUGCGAAAAGGUAAGUCACAUUUUUUUCGGUCCUACAUUCUUGUCUUUUGUUCGUCCUCGUGCUAAUGCAUUCGUUCAGAGCUGCCAGCCUCCCGCCACAGCCAGGGCCACCAAGCAGUAUUAA